UAUCACAAAAAAUUCCAAACAUGCUCAUUAUAUGAGCACGAUGGAACUCGAGGUAUAUCGCAAAUAGUUUAUGUUGAAGAUCACGAUUAUUACAAUCGAACCAACUAUAUAAAUGAAUCUGAAUGUGAUGCACAAGAAGAUGUUGGCUACUUGUUGUUCCAUGAUUUUCAAGCGAUUACCACAUCAGUGCCGAUAAAACUGAUUGGAAUAGAUCAACUUGUUUGCAAUACCUACUGCACUCAAAAUAUAGUACGCUACAAUGAAGAGCCUUUAAUAUACUUUUUUUUCUUAAGAAAUUUCAUCAUUAUUGGUUAA